CCUCUCUCAAAUUCUUCUCCCCAACCAAACAGAAACAGUGGUUCUGCAGAAAAAUUAUAAAUUACAAUUUUUGACGUAAUUAAAAUAAAGUAAUUGUGAAUUUUGGAUCAAGACUUAUCAUAGAGUUGGAUAUGCCACGGGAGGGGGAUGAUGACACCUCGUCUAGGGCAGGGAGCAUUGUGGAUGUGACCUCCACACCUCCAAUUGCCACAAGUCAUCCUCGUCUGCCAGCAGCACAAGGGGAACCUCAAGUUCAAGAUAAUGCAUUUACGACAGCCCAAUUGAGCCUGGCUGAUAACACCACUGGAGACAAUGAUGUUCCGGCUGUAAUUUUAUUAAGACGCAAAGAUAUGCUCUUUGGUCGUGCCGCCACUUGCGACGUUUCCCUCAACUCUUUGCAGAUCUCACGGCGUCAUUGCAGUUUAGAGUAUCGAAAUGACAAGUGGUUCAUUAGAGAUUUGAGCACCAACGGUAUCACAGUAGCUACCAAAAAAGUGAUUAAAGAUCAGUUACACCCCCUCAAUCACCAAGAUAUCGUUCAAUUAGUGCCCACCGGAGCGCUGACGUACCGCUUUACCGAAACGAAUAAAGAGAACCAACAGCUUAUAUGUAAUGCUUCCAAUCCUAUCACUAUAGAGGACGAUCAAGAAUCGCUGUUAUCAUUAAAACACGAAGAAGACGAGGGUCUGCCCUCAAUAGAGGUGGUUGAUCAUGCAAAUAAGAAGCAACAAAAUGAACAAGACAGUGUAAUGUUACUUGACGACUCCAUGUCAUCAGCCUCAACAAAAAAGACAAAUUCUCCCUCAAAACGUCCCUUCUCUGCAUUUGCCCUUGAAUCAUCUCCUCCUUUCCUUGAAAUUAAAUCAAAUAAAAAACAAAAGACUGAUAUACACCACCUUAGCCUCCAAUUGCAGCGUAUUAAAGCCGAAAAUGAAGUUUUGAGGGUUGAACGAGUAAUUGAGCGAGAAGAAUAUAAGCAGAAGAGGGAUUUAGAAGUUUUAUUCUUUAAGGAACAGUAUAAGGAAGAGGUCAAUAAAAAACUUCAAGAUAUUUUAGAAUCGGAGUUUAGCUGCUGCAUUUGUUCCUGCGUGUUUGUUGAGCCGUCAAUUUCUCCCUCAUGCGGCCACACUUACUGUCACCACUGCAUUUCCGAGUGGCUAAAAAAGAAACCAGAAUGUCCAAUUUGCCGCAGCCCCAUUAAUACGCCUCCCAAGAAACAUAUUGAAAUGGGGAACUAUAUAAAUAAAGUCUACGAGUUUGCUGGAAAUGAUGUUAAGGAAAAACGUGACAUACAAAUUAAGGAUCGACAGAAAGAGAAAGAAGCGGCGAAGAAUGUCUUAAGAAUGGCUGCCCCACAUCCGAUGCCUCAAGGAUUUAUGUUCGACUUGGAGCUGUUGAACGCAGCAAUGAAUGGAAGGGGGGGUGGAGGUCGAAGGGGACGAAGGAAUAAUACAGCGGCUGUAGCCGCCGCAGCAGCAGCAGCAGCAGCUGGCGGUGGAGCCGGUAAUGCCCCACCACCCCCUCAUCGACGAAGUGCCAGAAGGGGAAGAAAUCAGAACAAUAACCCAGCAACUGGUGGACUACCUGGCGGUGGAGCUCAAGUCCCCGGUUACCAGAUGAUACCGGGGAUGCUGAACAUGAAUCCUCCUGGACCACCUCACCGUGGUGCAGGACAUAAUCAUCCAUUCUUUCACGUUCCAGCAAUGCCACAAAAUAUGACUCAUCAAGCAAUGCACAACCACUUUCCUCAACUCUUCAAUAAUAAUCAAUUUGAACCAUUUCUACACAACGAUGUUCUGAUGAUUGACUAACUAUAAGGUUCAGUUGUUUAAUUAAAUAAUAAAUGGUGUACAGUUAUUCUCUGAUUGUUGAAAUAAACGCAUUGUAUUUUAACAAGCUCAAUCCGGAAUUAUCAAGAAAAAAUAUAUGACGUUUUAUUAUCAUGAUUACCUUGCUUUGACUUAUUUUACUGAAGCCUUGGAUUUUUCAUCCAUGUCCCGACAAUUAAUUAAUUAAUUAAAAUAACAAGAUGGCUAUUGUAACUGAUAAUUCCGUGUAAAUUAUAAAUGAUGAAAUAAAUAUGUUCGCCACGACGUAAACUAUUCAGAACAGCGACGAAAAUUGAAAA